CUCAAAAAAGGAAAAGCAAAAGCAGAAAACUGAAUCGAAGGCCUUUUCGCUUUCGGUCGUAUCGUUUUAUCUAUUACGGAUGGAGAAGCUCCCGCCAUCCACUGCGACGAAUCUUCUAGCGCUAAACAAGAAACGCAACAACUGAGACUAGAAAGAUCUCCAAGUUGAAUAAGACUUUCAUGGUAUACAUGAUUAUAAAAGGUCUAAUUAGGAGGUACGAAAGAUGGAAUCCUGUACAUCCAACUCUUGGAGCCUUUUGGGGGAUGGGAAUAGGCAUGGGUUGUGGUGUUGGAUGGGGUCCUGGUUUUGGUCCUGAAGUAAUUGGCUACGUUGGUGCUGGGUGUGGUAUUGGGUUUUGUGUGGGAUUCACAGCUGCAGGUCUUGGUAUUGGUCUUCCAGCAAACGUGCUUUAUCAUGGUCCAUACAGCGCUCUCCUGGCCACAAGAAGUGGAGCAGUAGAAUUAAGCCAAUCCAAUAGUCUUCGAUCCAAAAACUUUUUUAUUAGUAAUGGAUGGAAUGACUUUACACAGCAUGUAUUUGGGCUGCAAAGAGAAGCAACUAGACGAUUAACAAGCAUCAAGGUGGAUUGUACGGACAAAAAGGUUAAUCUGCCUGAUAUGAAGAUCUUACCAGCCAUUCCUACUAGGUCUAUCUGUGAAAGUUUAGGAACACUAGCUCAUCGCCUCUCUCACUUUCACAAAGUGGACAGAAUUGAGUACUUGGGCGAUGUUAUUUUAUCAGAAGGGGUGGCAGCUGACCCAUCAAAGAUAGAUGCAAUGAUCAAGUGGCCAACACCUAAUAAUGUAAAAGAAUUGCGGGGUUUCUUGGGCCUCACAGGAUACUAUCGGAAAUUUGUUGCUGAUUAUGGUUCCAUUGCAUUACUGUUGACACAACUGCUCAAGAAGUUUAAUUUUCAGUGGAACAUGGAGGCCGAGAAUGCGUUUCAACAAUUGAAAUCUGCUAUGAUGUCCAUUCUGGUGGCAGCUGAAGUCAAAGAUAGAUGCAAUUAUCGAGUGGUCAGCACCUAAGAAUGUAAAAUAAUAGCGGGGUUUCUUGGGCCUCACAGGAUACUAUCGGAAAUUUGUUGUCAAUUAUGGUUCCAUGCGCUGUUGACACUAUUGCUCAAGAAGGAUAAUUUUCAGUGGAACAUGGAGGCAGGGAAUGCAUUUCAACAAUUGAAAUCUGCUAUGAUAUCCACCCUGGUGUUGGGCGUUCCAGAUUUUUCUAAAAAGUUUGUGUUGGUUGUAGAUGCAUCGGGUGUGGGUAUAGGAGCUUGUGUUGAGUAACAUCAUCGUCCGUUGGCUUUCUUUAGUCAAGCUGUGUAUGAACUGAGCUUAUCGCCGCUGUUGGGAAGGCGUUUCAUGGUGUGGAUUGAUCAAGUUUGAAAUUUCUUCGUGAACAACGAGUGGUUGGGGGAAAAUAUCAGAAGUGGAUUGCUAAGCUACUGGAUUAUGAUUUUGUGAUUGAAUACGAGAAUGGGAAAUAAAGUGGCAGAUGUGCUAUUAAGAUUGCCACCAGCAUUAGAACUGGACUUAUUAAGCGUUGUGCGCGGACUCAACACUUCAGUCUUUAUUGAUCAAGUAAAUGAACAUGAGUUCCUAAACACUAUUCAGCUGUCUUUGCUCAAUGGACAGCAAGCUCCAGCGGGUAUUAUGGCAAGGGGAGGUAUUGUGUUACCACGGUUGCUUGGUCCUUUCUAAUGAUUCACCAACCAUUCCCUUAUUAUUGGCUGAAUUUCAUAAUAGCUCAGUGGAGGAGUAUCAUGGUGCAUUGAAAACGUAUCAACGCCUAGCACAAAAAGUCUAUUGGUGCGGGAUGAAAGCACGAAUUCAUGCUUAUGUUGCAGAAUGCUCUGUUUGUCAACAAGCCAAAUACUUGUCUUUGACUUUGGUGGGACUCCUUCAAGCAUUGCCAAUUCCGGAUCAAGUAUGGGAGGACGUUAGCAUGGACUUCAUUGAGGGCCUUCCAAAAUUUGAAGGGUAUGAUACAAUUUUGGUGGUCGUUGAUUGUUUAACCAAAUAAGCUCAUUUUAUUCCCUUGAAACACCCUUUAAUGCAAUGGUUAUGGCUGCUGUUUUUGUGCGUGAGGUAAUACGUUUGCAUGUCUGUCCUUGGAGUGGUGUCAGAUCGUGACCUUAUUUUUACGAGCUUAUAUGGGGAGGAGCUGAUGUGUUUUUGGGAACUCAGUUGAUGAGAAGUACAUCAUACCAUCCUUAGACGAACGACCGAAGUAAUUAACUGAGGUGUGGAAACUUACUUGCGUUGCUUUGCCAUGAACGCACCCAAAUAGUGGUUUAAGUGGCUAGCUUGGGCUAAACUAAGUUAUGAUACAAUGGUUCAUGUGACCACUAGAAUGAUUCCUUUUGAGGCGCUUUUUGGGCGACCAACCUCCACAGUAUUAUCUUAUGAGAAGGGCUCCGGUCUAGUAAAUGAAAUUGAUCGAUUGUUGAUAAAUAGGGAUGAGAUAUUGGAUGUGUUAAAGGUUAAUUUAUUGACAGCGCAACAACGAAUGGUUAAAUAUGCCAAUAUGAAGAGACGGGAGGUGCAGUUUGAGGUCCAUGAUUGGGUUUAUGUGAAAUUACGUCCACGACGGCAAUUCUCUCUAGUCGGCAUAAGCACCAAAAGUUGGCUCCUAGGUUUAUCGGUCCAUUUAUGGUGGUGGCUUGGGUCGGUCUUGUAGCAUAUCGUUUGGCCCUCCUGAAGCAUUCCAUCAUCCAUUCGGUCUUCCAUGUUUUUGUCCUUUGCAAGGCAGUUGGUGCUAAUAUGCCAACAUUUUCGAUUCCAAAAGACUUGGCUGCUGAUUGUCUAUACAGUUGUUUUCAGCAGAGGUUUUGGGUGUACGCAAAAUUAUGGAAGGGGAAGAAGACAUGGAGGUCUUGAUUCGUUGGGAUAAUGGCACAUCAAAGAAUGCGACAUUGGAACAAGCAAGCCUUAUUCGAGUUCAAUUCAAUUUCUUGAGUUCCAUUUCAGGACAAGGUGGCUCUUUGAGGGGUGGGUAAUGAUAGACCCCUAAUAAUAAAAGUGUAUUUAGGAAGAAACAAGAGAGUGAAAGAAAAAGGUGACUGAGGGUUAGUUGAUAUUUCGGUUGGUUUGUUGUGGGUCUUUAGGAAUAUUGUUUGAUGGUUUGUUACUCUACUAUUUUCUCCCAUUAGUUUUACGUAUAUAUGUUGAUGGUAUUGUUAGGGUAGGGUGUCUUUUUGGCUAUUUUGCUUGUAAGGAUUUCUCAGUAGAGAAUUGUGGAGAGAUCGGGAAGCUCUUGAAUCUCCCCUGGUUGUUGAUAAAUAAAAUUGAGGCCGAGGCCUAUCACGUUCAAA